ACUCUCCCCCCACCCCUCUGUCUCUCUCUCUCUCCUCUCUCCUCUGUCCUCUGUCCUCUGUUUGUCUCUCUCGAGUGUCAGCCACUCUCUGCUUCCAACAAAUGGCAACUAAAGACCAGAGGACUAAAGUAAAGCAGAAGCAAAGCGCCAGGGCGGGGAGAAGAAGAAGAGGUUGGGAAUUUCAAAUAUAUAUAUAUAUAUAUAUAUAUAAAGGGCGAGCGAGGUGGGGAUGAUUCAUUGAUGCUUCUUUAAGCUCGUGUGAGUCACGAGAGACUCGCACCCAAAGCAAUUUUCAAUUAAUAAACCCCCGGGCAACAACCCCAGUUGCAGAUAAACCCUAAAAAAAAAUUUCAAAAGCAGGGUUUGAUCGAUGCAAAAGGAUAAGAAAGGCAGUAGUGUUAUUAAUAUCAUGGGUACGAGCAGCGGGAAGAAGGAGAAGGAGGGUAGAGAAGCAGGGGAUGAUGAUGAUGGAGGUGAGGUGGUGGACGGUUCGGGUAUAAUGGAGUUGGUUGAGAACGAGGAGGUGUUCAGCAGUUUCGUGGAUCAUAAGUUCCAGGAGUUGGAUAGGGAUCGCGACGGAGAGCUCUCCCUGAAGGAGCUUCAGCCUGCCGUCGCCGAUCUUGGCGCUGCUCUUGGCUUGCCUCCCCACGGCGCUUCCCCUGACUCUGAUCACAUCUAUUCUGAGGUUUUGAAUGAAUUCACACAUGGCAAGCAAGAAGUGAGCAAGAUUAAGUUUAAAGGGGUGCUGUCAGAUAUUCUACUAGGCAUGGCUGCUGGUUUGAAGCGAGACCCUAUUGUGAUUCUCCGUAUUGAUGGCGAAGAUCUGGAAGAAUUCAUCAGCAGCCCCAGUUUUGAAUCAGAGAUGGUCAGCAUAUUUUCAGAGAUAGAGGUGCCCGAUGGGUCCCUCCGUGAUUACCUUGUGAAAGCUUUUGAAAAACUUUCAGUUGAUCAGGGGAUGCCCCCUUGUUCGGAUUCUUGGGUUAUGAGCAACAUUGUGGAACCAACCUGUGCUAAACAUGAUCUUGAGCAACCUGUCUCGCAAGAGACCCUACUGGUGGAAUUUAAAAAAGUGUCACAAAGUGUUGCUCAACUUCUCAAGGAACAACCUGUGAUUGUUGCACACAAUGAAAAUACCUUUGAUGGAAGUGGCAUUAAGAGACUAUUAUCUAAUAAGUUUGAAUUGGACAAGUCACUGGAGGCAGCUUUGAAAACUGUAUCAAAGGAUCGAAAUGGGAAAAUGUCCAAGGAAUUUCUACGUGUGGCACUGGAUGAGAUUGGGGCUUCAGCUGGUUUACCGCCAUAUGGUGCAGUUGAUCAGAUGGACAUAGCAGUCAUGGAUGUGUUUAAGAUGUUGAAAGCAGAUGACGGGAAGUCUGUUAAAGAAGAUGAGUUCAAGAAGUUAAUUACUGAAGUACUGGGGAGUCUAAUGCUGCAGCUGGAGGGAAACCCUAUGUCAGUUUCUUUGAACUCGGUCGUCCAUGAGCCCCUCGCCUCUUCUUCCACAAUUUUGCCGGCAUCAUCUGCAGAUAAUAUAUAUAGUACAGGUGACUCCAAAGAAGCACACAAAGGGAUAUAAAAAAUUAAGCAUAUGAAAUCAUGACUAUUAAGGAAAAUGAUCACUAGUAAGGCAUGUGAUGAUCUGCAGUACUCGACUGAUUUCGUGCUCUAAUUAAAAGCUUUAAAAUGCAAACAUGGGUCACUUGGGAGUCUCAGAAAUUAUCGAUAGUUGUAUGCUUUGCCUAGUCUAAUAGAUUUCCCCUAAAUGUUGUACUGAAAGUGUAUGCUGACUAGUUGAAUGCAAUCUCUGUUUGGCUUGUAUUGGAACUUCAAGCUUGUUGAUUUCAUGGAAGUAGAUCAUUUUCUGCUUCUCCUUCUUGUAUAAGAUUUGUGGUUACUCUA